AUGGCUAUGUGCAGGGGUGCUUUCGUUUCUAGUCGUUAUCUCUGUGGCAAGAUUCUACCUCUUGCCGCAUUCGGUAGGUUCUACCAGACCAUCCCAGUGAGAACACCUCAAAAUCUCUUCGCCAAACAUCAGAUUCUCACUAAAUUACAACACAAUUAUCUCGGUUCUGCUCGGCUCUUCUCUUCGUUACCACGUCAUGUCGUCGUCAAUUUGCCAAACUUGUCUCCAACCAUGGAGACAGGCAAUGUUGUCAGCUGGGCGAAGAACGAGGGUGAUCAGGUGGGAGAAGGUGAUUUGUUGGCUGAAAUUGAGACUGACAAGGCCACCAUGUCGAUGGACUCCAGUGAUGAGGGCUACAUUGCCAAAAUUCUCGUCCCUGCGGGCACCAAAAACGUCCCUAUUGGAGCUCCUCUUGUGAUCAUUGUUGAGGAUGAGGCCUCGAUCGGUGCCUUUAAGGACUUCCAACCGGAGUCUGCUGGGGCUUCUGCUCCCUCCGCUGCGCCAGCGCCACCACCGCCACCCCCACCUGCACCAGCAGCCGCCGCUCCGCCGCCGCCACCUCAGCCCGCACCAGCAGCUGCACCGCCGCCACCUCCGCCCGCACCAGCAGCUGCACCGCCGCCACCUCCUCCUCCUGUGGCUCCCGCCAUGCGUCCAGCCGGCAGUGGUGCUCGUCUUUUCAUCUCCCCACUGGCCCGACGUGUCGCUCUUGAGCGCGGCAUCGAUUUGUCCACACUCACCGGCACUGGCAGUGGCGUGGAUGGCUGCUUCGUGCUGGCCGAUCUGGACAACAUUGUUGUAGGUGCACCGGCCGCCUCUGGCUACACCGAUGUUCCGCUCACUGGAAUGCGCUCUACUAUCGCCAAACGCCUGACUGAAUCGAAACAGACGAUUCCGCACUACUACCUCACUGUGGAGGUCGAGCUGGACGAGGUUCUGAAGCUGCGUGAAAGUGUAAAUGCCUCGUUGGUGACGCAUGCGGCACCCGGUGAAAAACCUGUCAAAAUCUCCGUCAAUGAUAUCUUUAUCAAGGCCAUGGCGCUUGCCAACAAGGCUGUGCCCGAUUGCAACUCCGCAUGGAUGGGCACCUUCAUUCGUCGUUAUACUUCCAGUGAUGUUUGUGUCGCCGUAGCAACGCCCAGUGGUCUUAUCACUCCCAUUAUCUUCAAUGCCGACGCAAAGGGCAUUCUCACCAUCAGUCGGGAGGUUCGAGCCUUGGCGGCAAGAGCGCGAGAGAACAAGCUAAAGCCGGAAGAAUUCCAGGGCGGCACCAUUACCAUCUCCAACCUCGGCAUGUUCGGCAUCUCGUCGUUCAGUGCCAUCAUCAAUCCACCCCAGGCCUGCAUUCUCGCCGUUGGUGGAUCGGAACAGGUCAUCGUUCCUGAUGAGGAGAAGGGACACAAGGCGGUCACGAAAUUGGCCGUGACACUGUGCUGUGACCAUCGCGUCGUGGACGGAGCUGUUGGUGCAAAGUGGUUGAAGGAGUUCAAGAGUCUCAUUGAAAUGCCAGCCCGCAUGCUGUUGUAG